UGGGGCCGCAGACUGCAGAGGAGGACAGAGGGAGCAGGCUGGGACGCGGCAGAAAGCGCACAGUCUGAUUGGAGCCGAGUUCUCUGCGUGUAUUUGAAAUAACACUUUCAUAUACGCAUAUAAUAACACCGGGACACCUGCAGCUUCAUUCUGCUUUCAUCGAGUCGACAGUAUGACUGGCAGCACCAUCGCCAGGGUGCUGGUUGCCCUGUGUAUCGGGAGCGCAGUGAACUGUAUGCCCAGAGGGACGCACAGGGAUCGGCGUCAGGCACGUCAGCAUCACGUCCCCUCAGUCUCUCAAGAGGGUUGUAUGGAGAAUGGUCAGUUCUAUGGAAUCAAUGAACAGUGGGAGCGGCAGUUUUUAGACAGCACUCUGGUCUGUACCUGCCAUGGAGUUGCAGGAAUCAAGUGUAAAAGCAAACCCCAAGAGGAAAGGUGCUACGAUAAAGUCAACGAGCGGUACUACACUGUGGGAGAAACUUAUGAGAGACCCAAGGACGGCAUGAUCUGGGACUGUACCUGUAUUGGAUCUGGGAAGGGCAAAAUCAGCUGCACCAUUGCCAAUCGCUGUCACGAGGGCGGGGCUUCAUAUAAGAUCGGUGACACCUGGAGGAGACCCCACGAGACAGGAGGCUACAUGCUGGAGUGUGUCUGUCUGGGUAACGGCAAAGGAGAGUGGGCCUGCAAACCUGUCGCUGAGCGCUGUUACGACAAUUCGGCGGGAACAUCGUAUGUUGUUGGGGAGACGUGGGAGAAGCCGUAUCAGGGAUGGAUGGUCAUGGACUGCACCUGUGUCGGAGAGGGAAAUGGACGCAUCACAUGUACCUCCAGAAAUCGCUGUAAUGACCAGGAUACUCUGUCCUCCUACCGUAUUGGAGAUACCUGGACCAAGACCGACGCCCGGGGUCACCUGCUCAAGUGUCUGUGCACGGGGAACGGCCGAGGGGAGUGGAAGUGCGAACGACAUGCCUCACUUCACACCACAGGCCUGGGCACCGGCUCCCGUGUUGUCACCAACAUCCACCCUGUGGUCUACCAGCCCGACGCUGUGCCCGAGCAUGCCCAGAAUGGAGCCUGCCAGACGGAGACGGGGCUGAUGUAUUCUGUCGGCCAGCGCUGGAUUAAGAAACAGGGAACUACGCAGAUGAUCUGUACCUGCCUUGGCACCGGGUCCAGCUGCAACCCAUGGGAUGGACCUGCUCCAGUAUACGGUGGCAACUCCGGUGGUCUGCCCUGUGUGUUCCCUUUUGUUUACAAGGGAAAGACCUACCACUCUUGUACCUCUGAUGGACGUGCUGACGGGCAGCUGUGGUGCUCCACCUCGUCUGACUUUGAGACAGAGCAGAAAUUUUCUUUCUGCACAGAGAAGAACGCAAUUGUGGCAACACGUGGCGGUAAUUCUAACGGUGCUCUCUGCCAGUUCCCCUUCCUCUACAAUGGCAGAAACUAUACCGACUGUACUGCAGAUGGACGAAGGGAUGGCAUGAAGUGGUGCGGCACCACAACGAACUAUGAUGACGAGCGGCGUUUCGGGUUCUGUCCCAUGGCGGCUCAUGAAGAGGUGUGCACAUCGAAUGAAGGGGCCAUGUACCGUGUAGGCGACCAGUGGGACAAGCGUCAUGAGGUUCUGGGUCACAUGAUGCGGUGUACCUGUGUUGGCAAUGGCAGAGGAGAAUGGAGCUGCAUUGCUUACUCCCAGCUAAACGAUCAGUGUAGCGUGGAUGGCUUGACAUACGAGGUUAACCAGACCUUCACCAAGCGGCACGAUGAGGGAUACAUGAUGAACUGCACCUGCUUUGGCCAAGGCCGUGGCCGCUGGAAGUGUGACGCCAUUGACCAGUGCCAGGAGCCAGAGACGAGAGCCUUUUAUCAGAUUGGAGACUCCUGGGAUAAAGUCAUCCAUGGACUCAUGUACAAGUGCUACUGCUAUGGCAAUGGUGUUGGAGAGCUGAGCUGCGAGCCCCAGCAGACGUACCCUGGUGGUCACCGUCCCGUCCAGGUGAUCAUCGCAGAAUCUGGAAACCAGCCAGACUCCCACCCUAUUCAGUGGAACGCCCAGCCGUCUGCACACAUCACCCAGUACAUCCUGAAAUGGAGAGUGAAAAACUCUCACAGCCCGUGGAGAGAGGUGGCCAUUCCUGGCCAUCUAAACUCAUACACCAUCUCUGGUCUGAAACCCGGCAUCACCUACGAGGGUCAGCUGAUCAGCGUGCUGCAUUUUGGACGCAAAGAGGUCACACGUUUUGACUUCACCACCACUUAUGGAUCCUUGGCUACAACACAAGGCGAGGCCACCCUUCCUCCACCUGUGGUUGACAUCUCAGAGUCUGUAACCGAAAUUACCUCCAGCAGCUUCGUCAUCUCCUGGGUUUCUGCCUCGGACACAGUUUCGGGUUUCAGAGUGGAGUACGAGCUCAUCGAGCAGGGACAAGGCACUGGACAACCCAUCGUUCUCGAUCUGCCCCGCACAGCUACCUCUGUGAACAUUAAUGAGCUUCUCCCUGGGAGGAAGUACACCGUUAACGUCUAUGAGGUUACUGAGGGAGGAGAGGACAAUCUCAUUCUUACUACUUCACAAACAACUGCACCGGAUGCUCCCAAGGAGCACGAAGUGGAGGAAGUAGGAGAUACAUCCAUCAUGAUCAGCUGGGAAAAACCGCUGGCUCCCAUCACUGGCUAUCGUGUGGUCUACACUCCAUCAGUAGAAGGUGAAAGCACAGAACUGAAUCUCCCUGAUACGGCAACGUCUGUGACUCUGAGUGACCUUCUACCCGGGAGCCUGUACAACAUCAGCAUCUACGCCAUUGAGGACACCCUGGAGAGUGAACCCAUCUUUGUACAAGUCAGCACCUCUGGAGAGCCACUGCCAGAUGAAGUGGAUUCCCCGAUCGACCUGCAGUUCUUUGAGGUGUCUGACAAAAAAAUCGUUCUGACUUGGUCCAGACCCUCUGGUGAAAUCUCAGGUUACCGGGUCACCGUGGUGCCCGUUGAUGAGUCUGGUUCUUCUCAGCCAGAGAUGAAUCUGCCCGUCAGUCAGAACGCCUACACUGAAGUGACGCAUCUACAGCCAGGAACACUGUACCGCUUCAGUGUCUACGCCAUUCAUAAUGGACACGAAAGUUUGCCACUUAUUGGAGAGCAAUCUACCAAGCCAGAUGCCCCCACAGACAUCCAUUUUGCCAAUGUGACCGAGGACAGCGCAGUGGUGCUAUGGUUUGCACCCCGUGCCAAAAUUACCGGCUACCGUCUCUUCCUCACUGUUGAGGGCUCCAACCCCAAGCAGCUGCGCCUGCCUGCCCGCCUCACCCAGUACACCCUCCUCAACCUGCAGCCAGAUACCGAAUACACGGUGACUCUGCACGCAGAGCAAGACAACACCAUGAGCGCGGGAGAGACGGCUUUGUUUACAACCACCCCAGCAAUGGGUAAUGCUCCUCAUUUCAACACUGAUGUGACUGAUUCCUCCAUUAUAAUCACCUGGACUCCAGUUCCUCGCGUUGGAUACAAGCUGACAGUACGGCCCAGUCAGGGUGGGGAAGCCCCGAGAGAUGUGACCUCUGACUCAGGAAGUAUCUACAUUUCCGGUCUGACUCCAGGAGUUGAGUACACCUACAGCGUCCAGCCGGUCAUUAAUGGAUACGAGCAGGGAACUCCGAUCACACGCCGCGUUGUCACACCUCUGUCUCCUCCUACCGAUCUCAAUCUGAAGCCUAACCCAGGCACCAGUGGUGUCACAGUGGAAUGGAAUGGAGCCAGUACUCCAGACAUCACUGGGUACAGAGUGACAUGCACUCCCACUGACGGACAACAAGGUAACAGUGUGGAGGAGUUUGUGGAAGCUGGUGAGAACUCCUGCACUCUGGAAAACCUGAGCCCUGGUGUGGAGUACAACAUCAGUGUUGUCGCUGUUAAAGAUGAGAUGGAGAGCACUCCGGUAUCGACUGUCAUUACACCAGAAGUACCACAGCUGACCGACCUCAGCUUUGAGGACGUGAGCGACACCACUAUCAGUCUUCGCUGGACACCGUUCAACACCAAAGCCGUCACUGGUUACAGGAUCACUGUGGUUGCAGCUGGCGAGAGCGUACCCAUCUUUGAAGACCAGGUGCUGCCCACAACUGGUCAGUACACGGUCUACGGACUGGAACCGGGCAUCGACUAUGACAUCAGCGUUACCACUCUGACGGAGAAUGGCGAGAGCGAGCCCACCACGCUCACUCAGCAGACCUCUGUGCCAGCUCCCACUGAUUUAGCCUUUGGGCAGGUUGGGCCAGACACCAUGGAGGUCACCUGGGUCUCUCCCCAAGUCCCAAACACUGCUGACAUUAACAAUUUCCUGAUCAGGUAUCAUCCCAUCGAUGAUGAAGAUGAGAUUACAGAGACCAGCGUAGGAGGGACGGCUAACAGUGUGGUGCUAAGAAAUUUGCUGCCCAACACCGAGUACCUGGUGAGCGUGAUGUGUGUUUAUGAGGAGAGGGAGAGCUCGCCUGUGGUCGGCACUCAGAAAACAGCUCUGGACUCACCCGUCAGCCUGCGCUUCUCUGAGAUCAUGACCAACUCCUUCACCAUCCACUGGUUAGCUCCCCAGAGCAAAAUCAGCGGCUACCGCAUCCGUUACCAGAUGGUCACGGGUGGGAGGUCCAAAGACGAGAGGCUGCCCCCAUCCAGGAACCACUUCACUCUGACUGGACUCACUCCUGACACAGAGUACUUGGUCAACAUCUUCGCCGUGAGCGGGACACAGGAGAGCCUGCCGCUCAGCGGGACACAGAAAACAAUCUCUGAUGCUCCCACUGACCUGGAGGUGCUAGACUCGAGCCCGACAUCCAUCACUGUCCGCUGGGCCGCUCCCCCAGUUACUGUGCGCUACUACAGGAUCACCCAUGGAGAGUCAGGUGGUCAUGGUAAUCCUAAGGAGUUCACGGUUCCUGGCUCUCAGUCCACCGCCACAAUCUCUAACCUGAAGCCUGGAACUGACUACACUAUUACUGUGUACGCUGUGACCGGCAGAGGAGACAGCCCUGCAUCCAGCAUCCCAAUCUAUGUCACUCAUAAGACAGGAGUCGACUCUCCCUCUGAGAUGGAGGUGACAGACGUGAAUGACAACAGCAUCACAGUAAGGUGGAGCCCCGCCACGGGCCCCAUCAAGGGUUACAGGGUGACUGGGGCUCCCAGAAAUGGACUGGGGCCAUCUUUUACCGAGGUGGUGGCUCCAGAUCAGACAGAAUUUACUUUCUCAGGCCUGAUGCCGACAUCGGAGUAUACAUUUAGUGUGGUUGCUCAAGUACAGGACGGAGAGAGCUCUCCACAGGUGGUGACUGCUUCAACAAAUGUAGACCGCCCCAAAGACCUGACCUUCUCAGAUGUUGAUUCAACCUCACUGCGGAUCACCUGGGACAGUCCCGAGGGAACGGUCACGUCUUACCGAGUGCUCUAUUCAAGUUCUGAGGAGGGGGAGAGAGAGCUGCUUCCUGCUCCCAGAGGAGACGCCGAGUCAGCCGCCAUCUACGGUCUCCAGCCCGGCACCGAAUACACUGUGAAGGUCAUUGCUCUGUACGAUGACACAGAGAGCACAGCGGUGGUUGGGACACAAGCUACAGCAAUCUCUUCUCCAACUAACCUCCAGUUCUCCCAGGUCAGCCCUACUUCUUUCAUUAUGCGCUGGGACAUGCCGGGUCAGGACAAUCAGCUAACAGGCCUCAGGGGCCUCACAGGCUACCGUGUGGUGGUAAACCCAAAGAACAAGAGCGGGCCUACCAAAGAGAUCAACCUGGCCCCAGACACCACUCAGGCACACAUUUCUGGGCUCAUGAUUGCAACCACCUAUGAAGUCAAUGUUUAUGCCCUGAAGAACUCUCUAACCAGCAGGCCCGUCCAGGGAGAGGUCACCACCCUGGAGAAUAUCAGCCCGCCUCGUCGUGUACGUAUCUCUGAUGUUAAUGAUUCCACCAUCACGCUGACAUGGCGGGCCAAGCCAGACCCCAUCACAGGUUUCCUGGUUGAGGCCACGCCCACCCACUCCUCUUCGGGCUACACACCCAUCCAAAACACCAUUAGCCCUGAUUUGCGCUUAUACACUAUUGCAGGUCUGGAGCCUGGCACCACUUAUAAGAUCAACAUCUAUACACUGAAAGGACAUGGGCGCAGUGUACCUUUCACACUCACAGCGACCACAGCUCAGCCUCUGGUCAUCCCACCUACAAAUAUUCGCUUCACUUCCCUGAAUCCGAACAGCAUUUCAUUCAUGUGGGAGCCGUCACGCAGCCCAGGUAUUACAGGCUACUACGUCACCUAUGAGGAGGCGGGUGGUCUGCCUCGAGAGGUCCUUCCUAGACCCCAUGCAGGCCAGGACUUUGUUACCAUCAAUGGUCUGAAACCAGGAACGGAGUAUGUCAUUAAGAUCGUAGCCCUGCAGAAUGCUUUGAGAAGCACACCGCUGGUGGGGAAAGCCAGAACCCAACCAGCUCCAGAUCCUCAGCUGUUGUUCCCCGAGCUGCCUCAGCUUCCUGUUCCUCAUCGCCCCACCACUGACAUUCUGGAUGUUCCCGAGUCCUUCGACGACAAAAUUUUUGACUCCAACCACGUCCACCUGGCUGGCACCAGCGGCCAGAGCCAGCCAGGCCAGCAGGGUCAGCACAUCUAUACAGAGUAUCAGGGUCUGGGCCCCAAUAAUGGAUUUGGCCCCUACAGUGGACCCAAAGAAGGCCAGAGACCCACUCUCAAAGAGCCCUUAAUUUAUAUUCCUGUGGCAGGCCCUGAUGGAAACAGAGUACCUUUGGUCAAGGUCAGCGAUGGCCCUCUGCCUGGUCUCGCGUUUGGUUUUUUUGACAGUGAAACAGAGAUUCCCCAAGAAGCUCAGACAAUCACAACCAUCUCCUGGAAUCCCAUCCCUCACACGACAGAGUACGAGGUGUCCUGUAAUCCUAUCACACACCUGGAGGAAGGAGGCUUCCAGAUGCGUCUCCCUGGCAACUCCACCAGCGCCACUCUGAUUGGACUGACGUCUGGAGCUUCCUAUAAUGUCAUUGUGGAGGCCAUGAAGGGUGGGGCUAAAGAGAAGGUUUUGGAGGAAGUCGUAACCGCUGGCGAUGCUGGUGGCAUCCCCAUCACCCCCAAACGGGAUGUCUGCUACGACACGUUCACACACAUCUACCAUGAAGUGGGCUCAGAGUGGGAGCGCAUGUCAGAGACGGGCUUCAAGCUGUGGUGCCGCUGCCUGGGGCUGGGCAGUGGGCAUUUUAGGUGUGAUUCAUCCAAGUGGUGCCAUGAUGGCGGCAAUAACUACCCUAUUGGAGAAAAGUGGGAUCGCCGCGGCGAGAAUGGUCACAUGAUGAGCUGCACCUGUCUGGGCAACGGCAAGGGAGAAUUCAAAUGUGAACCUCAUGAGUCGACAUGCUAUGACGAUGGAAAAAUGUACCAGGUCGGGAAUCAGUGGCAGAAGGAGUACCAGGGAGCCAUCUGUACCUGUACUUGCUAUGGAGGACUACAGGGCUGGCGAUGUGAGAACUGCAGGAGGCCAGGAGGACAGACUGAGCUGGAGGCUGACCUCCUCCAGCCUGUUCGCCCAGACGUCUUUCAUCGGUACAGAGAAAAUGCUCUUCGCAAACUGAACAUCCAGUGUCCGAUUGAAUGUUUGAGGCCGGAACUGCUUGCAGACGCUAUCAGCCCACAAGAGUAGAGACGAAAGGAGUACGAGUAAAGGAGGAUAAAGUGACGAGAUCCCUAACAGCGUCAGCAUCGCUUCAAGAAGGAAGCCCUCCCUCGCCUUUGUGAAAAGGAAAUAUUUCCGUCAGAUUUGUGCCUUAAUUUUUUUCCCACCAAAUUGUAGUGCCUUAACAACACUUUUCUACUCCAAUCCUUGUGCCUUUCAAAGACCUGUAGCAGCUUUCUUUGUGGGUUUGGAGCCACUUUUCUUUAACAGAAGCAGGGAUUUCUUCCAUCAGAUUAAUUUUAGAUACAAAAAUCUGUCAGAGCACGAAUCCUGCUGCUUCACCCCUUCAACGUUCAUUCCCCAAAUGUCCUGUUCUCUCUCUCUCACAAACACACACACACACACGCACAGACACGCGCACACAAGCAGUAUUGUUAUGUGUGUUUUGACUGUUGUAUUGGUGCUUUUGUUUUCAGAACAUUCCUCUUUCAAACACAGAAUGCAUUUAUGCAAAUCUCCAAAUGUUCCCUGAUGUCUGUAACCAUCUUUUGUUGCCAUAUCAGUUUUUUCAAAUGCAUUUAGAUAAUGGUGGAAUGCAUUUUGUGGGUCCUUCCAUAUCAGGAGAAAGAUGAAGAGCUGUUUUGCAAAGGCAGUUUCAAAGCCAUGCAAAAUAACUUUUUGCUCCUGUGGGUCAAUUUUAGUGACAUAUACAGAAAUGACCAUCACAAUCAGAUUAAAAUAAAACUGCUAUGACAGUUUUUAUUAGCGUGAAUCUGCAUUCUUUGUAGUGAAGUGUAAUUCCCUUUGUUACGAGGAAAGCACUCCUGUAAGUAUCCUGUGUAUAUCUGUGGUCAGUGUCCUGCUAGUUUGAAGAGCAGCUGAUCUUUUUAAAUGACAAAAAGAUUUGAAACAGCCUUUCUUUUAAAAGAUGAGCACUGUUACUUUUGAUGUGCUAUUGUGUCUGCUAUUAAUCUUUAAUUCACCAUGCAGACGGUCGUCAGCAAUAUGAGUACAAAUUAUAGAACCUAUAAAAAAUUAAAAAGUAAACCCAGAACUGGCUCACCUAAAAAUGUAAUGUUGUUGCAAAAAUAAGUCGGAGAAUUCACCAUAAUUUCCUAGUGGAUUACAUUUUAGUGUUUUUAUUUUUUAUUUCAAUUCUUUUAUUUAUCCCUUGUUAUUCAGGCAUUUUGUUCAGUGCUACUUUAGGGUGUACACUUUAUUUUUGAUUCAUUUGUUUUUUAUGUUGUUGGUGCCAGACUCUGAACUACUGUGGACUGAAUCUUUUUAAUAAACUGAUAAAAACACA